AUGCUCGUCUUUGAUGUCCAUAAGCUAGCUCGCCUGAAUAGCUCCACCGGCUGCAGUAUCCCAGUGUUUAACACCUUCGCCAAGCUGCCCGUCACGUUUACAAUCAGCCCUUCCAAUCACAACCUCGUCUUCUACAACUGCACCAAGGCGCCGCCGGCGGAGCAGCAGCAAAAACUGGGGCUCGUGGAGACGAGAUGCGGUAACAACACGUUUGCUCGGCUGGGAGGGCGUUACGACGGGGAGGGCGACUACGACAAGUACUAUUUGGAAGGCUGCAGCAGAAACAGCACCGUCUUCUCGCCGGUGCUGAAGCCGCCUGAUGGCAAGGCGAACGCCAGCAGGUAUGUGGAGCUCGUGCGUGGAGGCUUCCUCAUAACAUGGGGGAACCUGCCACCGCCAGUGCCUCCACCGCCAGAGCUGCCAGUGACAUCUUCUGGUAAGUUCACCCUCCCAGCCUCCCUGAAAGGCUGA